CAAAGAUUCUACUGCGUUUCAGCCAUGAACCAACCUUAUUCUGUAAUGUUAAGCUAAUCAGUAAGUGUGUUUAUCUCUUUUGCUGAGCACACACAGUUUUUACCAACUUUUCCAAAGUACAGUUUAUAAUUGUUGAAAGUGAUCUAUGUUACGCUUUGUACGUUUUUAUGGAUAGUAUAUAUAGUACACACAUAUUUUAAAAUAAACUUUAAUUUUAGGAUAGUUUUAGAUUUUUCAGAAAAUUCCAAAGGUGGGAUAGAGAGUUCUCAUAUAUCUAGUAUCCAGUUUCCCUUUUCAGUGGUAUCUUGCAUUACUGUGGCACAUUGAUCACAACUAAUAAACCAGUAUUGGCACUUUAUUGUUAACUAAAGUUCAUACUUUAUUUGGAUUUUCAUUUCUACUGCAUAUCCUUUUUCCCAUCCAAGGUACCAUAUUAUCAAUACAUUUAGUUGUCAUAUCUACUUGGGCUUUUCUUGGCUGUGACAGCUUCUCAGCCUUUCCUUAUUUGAUGACCUUUACAUUUUGAGACUCCCAGGCAGGUAAUCUCAUGAUUAAACAGCAUUUCUGGUUUUGGAUGAGGAAGACCUCAGAGGCACAGUGCCAUUUUCAUGGCAUCACACCAAUAGUACAUAUUAUUAACAGAUGAUCUUCAUAGUUGUUGUUGCCCUGGCUGGUUCUCUACUAAAAAGUUAGCUGGUUUUUCCUUUGUCCUUUGUUACGUUCUACCUCUUUAAGGGUGCUGUAUCUAUUUUAGUUAUUUAGAAUCUGCAUGGGAAAUUUUUCUGUUCUACUUGAAAGGAGGAAGAUUUUUCAUUGGUCUUAGAAGGCAUAGCAGCACCAUCCCUGGGACUCUGUUCCAGGUGAGGGAUGUGAGGAGCUCCCCAGCACAGUGUUUGUAGAAUGUGGUCCUGAGAUACUUAUUAGGAAUGCAGAUUCCCGGAUCACCUUAGACCUGCUGACUCAGUCUCCUGGGCUUGGAAUUUGUCCUGUUAAACCCAGAGGCUUCUGGUACAUUUUCAAGGUUGAGAAUCACUGCUUUGUAUUAGCAGUUGAACCGUCCUAAUUCCUCUUGAAUGUGUGUGUGUGCCCAGAGCCAGGCCCGCAGCCCUUGCUGUCUACAUCUCUUCCCAGCCAGGAGCAUUUUGUCCCUUGACUCCCCUGCAAAAGGCCUCUGUCCUGACCCCACCUUCCCCCAGGAUUUUAACCCCUCCUGGAUAUCUAUUUUGAUUGGCUUACUUUGUAUAAACUCAAGGCCAUCCUUUGCUUUCUGGAUAACCGCAUCUUCAGUCGGAUAGCCUCAGAGCUCCAGUAGAGGAAGAAAGUGUCAUAGUGACAGCUGUGAACCCGUCCUUGUACAUCCAGUCUGGGCCAGAGAGGGAGGUCCUCAAAUCCAGAGUCCCUAUGUUCCUUUUAUACAAGUGAUUUCCCAGAACAUAAUUCUCUUCUGAGAAGUUGAGUUAGACUUGAGAACUGGGAGAACUGCAGCCUUGUAGCUUCAGAGAGGUGUAAUCUGCUGAAAACUUCGCCGUUUGAAGAGUUCUGCACUCUGCCAGCCAUCUCUUGAACUUGGGUGCCAAAGAAGGACUCCAUGAAAGAUGACAGAAGAAGUAAUUGUCAUAGCCAAGUGGGACUACACGGCCCAGCAAGACCAGGAGCUGGACAUCAAGAAGAACGAGCGGCUGUGGCUGCUGGACGACUCCAAGACGUGGUGGCGGGUGAGGAACGCGGCCAACAGGACAGGCUACGUGCCGUCCAACUAUGUGGAGAGGAAGAACAGCUUGAAGAAAGGCUCCCUGGUGAAGAACCUGAAGGACACACUCGGCCUGGGCAAGACUAAGAGGAAGACGAGCGCGCGCGAUGCAUCGCCCACCCCCAGCACGGACGCUGAGUACCCGGCCAACGGGGGCGGCGCUGACCGCAUCUACGACCUCAACAUCCCGGCCUUCGUCAAGUUCGCCUACGUGGCCGAGAGGGAGGAUGAGCUGUCCCUGGUGAAGGGGUCGCGCGUCACGGUCAUGGAGAAAUGCAGCGACGGCUGGUGGCGAGGCAGCUACAACGGGCAGAUCGGCUGGUUUCCCUCCAACUACGUCCUGGAGGAGGUGGACGAGGCGGCCGCCGAGUCCCCCAGCUUUCUAAGUCUGCGCAAGGGCGCCUCCAUGAGCAAUGGCCAGGGGGGGCGGGUCCUGCAUGUGGUCCAGACGCUGUACCCCUUCAGUUCAGUCACCGAGGAGGAGCUCAAUUUCGAGAAGGGAGAGACCAUGGAAGUGAUUGAGAAACCUGAAAAUGACCCAGAGUGGUGGAAAUGCAAAAAUGCCCGGGGGCAGGUCGGCCUUGUCCCCAAAAACUACGUGGUGGUCCUAAGCGACGGGCCGGCCCUGCACCCGUCGCACACCCCGCAGAUAAGCUACACGGGGCCUGCGUGCACCGGGCGCUUUGCGGGCAGAGAGUGGUACUACGGGAACGUGACGCGGCACCAGGCCGAGUGCGCGCUCAACGAAAGGGGCGUCGAGGGUGAUUUCCUCAUUAGGGACAGCGAGUCUUCGCCCAGUGACUUCUCCGUGUCUCUCAAAGCAUCAGGGAAGAACAAACACUUCAAGGUGCAGCUUGUGGACAAUGUCUACUGCAUCGGACAGCGGCGGUUUCACACCAUGGACGAGUUGGUGGAACACUACAAAAAGGCCCCCAUCUUCACUAGUGAGCACGGGGAGAAGCUCUACCUCGUCAGAGCACUUCAGUGACAGCCCCUCCCGGGCCCUACCACCUCCAGGCCUUCGGUGCCACACUCACUUCCCCAGAGCCCAGCGGCGCCGCCCGAGAAGUCGUCGUCCGGCAUGGGCUGUCCCGCCCAGGGGUCCACGCUGUCUGGUGGUUCUUCCUCUAUUGGCUUCCUUUGCCUGGUUUAUCACUCUGUCCAGGUCGGUUUGUCUUCAUCUUCUCCCCCACCCU